CAGCAGCUUCUCGCUUGUGUAUAAGUAGUGUAUAUACCGUGCAUGCCGGGACGGUCUCCGAGUCCGUCGUCGUCGUCGUAUACACUAUAUAUACAACGUCCAAUAAUUUCGCGAGUUUCUCGAUACUCUUUCGCUCGCACUCUCAAACUCUCUCUCUUUCUUUCUCGGCGUGAGUGAGUUGACUCGUGUGUAUAUAACAACACAUACGUGACCAGUGCCCGCGCGUCUCAAGGUGUACGUGUGUGUCUGUGUUGUGACUUGUGUGUUCGUAUAAGUGUCUUAUACGCGUGUCGUCGUCCCUGUGCCUGCUGCCGCUGCUGCUGCUGCUGCUGCUGCUCAGCUCGUGGAGAGCAACAUAGUAGAGUAGUAAUAAGCUGUUACACACCGAUAUAUAAAUAUUAUAUGUAUAUUUACACGUAGUGCCGUGUAUCGUAUAGUCGUCGUCGACUUCGUCAACGUCGUCGUACUUUUUUUUCCACAAGUGCUUUUGGAUCUGUGUUAUUUUGUUUCUGUUCGUUCGUUGGCGAGAACAAGUGUUGAAAAAUUUGUUCGAUUGCACGCAGAUAUCUCUGCACAUCGCUUGGGUACAAGUAUUCGGUGUUAAAGUGCCGAAGUCCACCUGAAUGCGUGCGCGAGGCGAGAAUCUUUCGCUUCGAAAAUCGUGAGCGAGAGAGACCGACCGACAGUACUGCCAGAGAGAGGUUAGAUCAUAACUGGUUUGGUAUAUAUCGUAUUUUUAUAUAUACCCAACCCAACCUAGGAUUGUAAAGUGUGCACAAUACAUAUUAUAUGUAUUUUGACUUUAAACUUGGGCUGUGAAAACGGAUAAUAAACAGAUAAUUUAAGCAUACACGUUUUAAUAUAAAAGCGUAUACGAGGACGAGGAGUUCGAAAAAUUCGCCAAGGGGCCUUAUAACCUAUAUCAUUGUUCGCCGAUAUGGAUGGAAAUUCAAAAGAUAAAAAUAAAAAAAGCAAGAAUGGUCGUGAUACAGUUGAUGAGGCUAAAGCGGCAAGUGGCUCCCCAAAUUCCACACCACCGCCGCCGACGCUUAUAAACAAAAUCAAAUAUCAGCCUGGCGUGCCAGUAGUCAAAAAAGACAAACGACAGAGCAGCUCGAGAUUCAACGUGUCGACGCAUCGUGAGCUACAAAAACUGCCAAUUCUCAACAGUGGUGA